UCAGUGGACCGAGAGACACAGAGUUGUGUUGCAGUGAGUGACAGAGCUGAUCUACAGCUGACAAGAAGAACAAACGCUUUCCUCUCCUCGAAGCGAUGGAAGUGAUUCUCACCAGAUUGAGAGACUUCUCCUGUAGGGAAAGCAGUUUCGAUGAGUGUACAGCCUCCGGGAUGUGCCGGGAUCAUUCCUCAUCUCUGCAGCCGACGCGUGCGGAGGGGGACCGGGACAUCGAGACGGCACUGGCCUGGCUGAGGAAAGAGCUGAUGGAGAUGCGCUCUCAGGACCAGGCUCUGACACGGCAGCUGAUGGAUCUCCAUGACGGCAUUCAGGAGCUGAAGCAGGAGUGUGUGAAAGCCAUAGAAGAGGAGGAGGAGGAGGAAGCUUGUUGGGACUCUGGUAGUGUCAGUGGAGGGAGCAGUGUGUCUUCCUUCUCAGGAGAGAUGUGUUUUUACCCCUCCAUCUCCUCCUUCAGCUCAUGUUUGAGCCCUGCUCCUCUAUUCCUGCAGGAACGGGCCUUUAGUCGACGCAGCUCCGUGCCCUGAAACCUCACGUGUGUUUGAUUAAUACACCAAUACAUAUUUUAAAUUGCCGCUGAGUCUCUCAGAAGAACAAAUGACGCAUUCCUUACGUGAGAAGUUUCCUACUGUUUUAUUGGUUUUAUAAAAAAUUUGAACAUUGUGCAAAAGUUCAUUUAUUUCAGUCAAUAUAUUAUAGGCUCAUUACGUUACAUGCAAAGUGAGAUAUUUCAAGUCUUUAUUUGUUAUAAUUUUGAUGAUUAUGGUAUCUUGUGAAAACUCCAAAUUGUGAAAGGUUUCCAUAUCUGUAAGCCAUAAUCAUCAAAAUUAUUACAAAUAAAGGCUUGAAAUAUCUCACUUUGCAUGUAAUGAGUCU